AUGUCUUGGAUGGUGACCGAGUGUGCUGCUUCUGUUGUCGAAGCCAGGCGUCUGUCACUCAACGACUUCAACGGGAUGGUGCCGCUACUCAACACCCUUGUAGACCUCUCCUACCUCACCAACACCAGGGACCUCAGCACCAACAAAUUCAUAGGCGAGAUCACCGGCCUCCCCACUUCGCUCAUCCACUUGUGUGUACCUCCCUCCUCCCACUUCUCACCUCCUGCUACUGCCUCUCAUAUUGGCCUUAACCGCCUGUCCCAACUGUGUUCCUGCACGUGCGUGACUCUCUUCCUCCCUCCCCUCCUUCCCGGAUCCCCCUCUCCUUCCCCCCUCCCUCCCCGCUCCUCCCCAUCUGCCCCCCCCUUCCUCCUCUCCGCUCCUCCCUAUCCUCCACCCCCUUCCCCAGGGGCUUGCAGUAUAACCAGUUCACAGGGCCCGUCCCUGCCAACCUCACCACCCUCACCAAGCUCACCUACCUGUGCGUGUGCCUCUCCUGCUCCGCAUGCGUCCGCCCAUGCCACCAGCAACCACCCCUCCUCUCCGCUUUACAUACUGCAUGCCAAACCGCCCCUCAGGCUCACACCACAAACUCCGGAUCCCAAGUUGUGCCGAUGUGCUCCACCCACUGGCCCUCUCCCUUCCUCCUGCCCCUGGCAGCAACAUGAAGUCCAACCAAUUCUCCGGUGCCCUCCCGCCUGCCCUGGGCAAUCUCGCCAACCUGGAGAUCCUGUGAGCCUUUCUGUUCCAGCUUUGCCUUGCUCUCCUCUCCCUGCUCUGCUCUCCUCUCACCACCUCUGCUCUCCUUGCUCUGUCUGUCUGUCGUGCUCUUUCUCUCCCCCACCUUCUCCACCCCUCGUCAACCCCCCCACCCCCCUGCACCCUCACCUUCCUUCCCCUCCCCACUCACCAUCCCAAAAAUUCCUUCCAUCUCCUCUCAUCAAAUCACAAUCACAGCUCCCCCCAUCCCCCUCCCUCCCUUCUCCCUCCUCCACUCCCACUCCCCUCUCCUCACUCCCUUCUCCCCGCUUCCCCCUCCCCACUCGCCUCUCCCCGCUUCCUCAUCCCCCCACAGCAACAUGA